GGACGCGUCGGGCCCGGGCGGGCCGCGCUUCCUGCCGGUGCGGCGCCAUUACCGCCCGGCUGGAAACAGCCGAGGCGCCGCGCGCGCUGCGGGCCCCGCCGAGCUGAAGGGCCUGAGGCGGCACGGGGGAGAGGAGGCUGUUUCCCGGCGGACGAGUUAGGCGGGGCACUGCCAUGGACGGUGAGGGCAGUGCUAAGGAAGUGAUUUCAAAGCCAGUCAGGCCAUGGCCUUUGAAAGGAUAAACCAGAAGGACUGGUACAAGGUCCUGGGGGCCAAACCAUCGGACAGCCCAGCAGAACUGAAAAGGCAAUACCAAAAACUUGCUUUGUUGUAUCAUCCCGACAAACAGGAGGCAGAUGUGCCAGCAGGAGAAGCGGAGGAGCGCGUGCAGCGGUUCAUCGAAAUUGAUCAAGCGUGGAAAAUUCUAGGGAACGAGGAGACAAAAAAAGAGUAUGACCUGCAGCGGCGUGAAGAUAACCUGACAAAAGAAGGGCCACUUCAUGCACAGAUUUAUCUUGAGGAGAUGUCCUGGAAUGAAGAUGAACAACUCUACACUCUGUCCUGUCGAUGUGGUGGGAAUUACAGUGUCUUCAAGAGUGAAACCAAAGAUGUGUCUUUGGUUUGUUGCGACACAUGUUCACUUGUUAUUGAGAUCCUGCAAUGAUUGUUUCAAUGAAGCACAAUGAGUGUUACAAACUUUUCAAAAGACUGGACAAACAAGGGACAGCAUCUGCUAAAGAAAUGUAUGUUAAAGAAAAGAGGGGGCACUAUAAGAAUAAGUUCAUUCAGGCUUAAAAAUGACAAGUGCCCUUUUGCUUACACAGCUCUGCAGACAUGAGGCUUGGAUUUUCCUUCUGCAGCUGAAGAGCUCAUUAUUAAACACCUCCAUCCCAGAGCAGAGUUCUGUGGAACUGGAAUGUAUCUCCUGAUCUAAAGGUUUCUUCCCCAGCAAACAACAGAGUAGCUUCUUUCAGUUUCAGCCUGAAGCAGCUCUACCUUGGGCCCUUCCUCUUGGGUUAAAUCCUUUUAACAGCUCAGAUGACAAAAUUCAAUCAGGAGGGACAGAUGUGAGACUGCUUUGAAGAUAAUGAAGAGCAAGGUUCAGCAGUGGGAAACGGGAACAUUUUCUAUUUAUAAGCUAAAUAAUAUUUAAGUUCAUGUAAGCCUCUCAAGGACUGGAGCCUAGAAGGAGGAGGCAGAGGCUGGCAGCUGGGUGUCCCAGUGCUGAGGAGCUGGGCUGCUGGCUGUGCCCUGCCCUGUGACAGUGACAUCACCUGGGCAGCCUGGAACAGGAGCAGGCGUUGAGCUGAGGCUCUCCAUCGUCAGAACAAAUGGAGCCAUCAUUCCUGAGAGGAAAGCUAAGGAGGAAGCUGUGCUCUGACCCCACUGGGAGUGACCAGCAGAUCUGGAACCCCACUGGUGCUGUGCCCAGUGCCAGCCCCAGCACCACCUGCUGAUGGAGGGGCUGGCUCUGGCUGUGUGACAACACAAUAAAUGCACUGUGCCUUUUCCAUCCUCACUCAGUGCUGACCUUGGC